AGCGAAGACUGUGGCUCUGACAUUAAUUACAAUUGUGAAAUUUACCCUGACGACACGAAACAAAUGAUUUUUCCACAAAAGAUGGCUGGCUGAGUUUUGGGCAGGUUGUGAAACAUAUGAGUUGUUGCUUGUUUCCGAGAAUAAUGCGCGCGCGCUGUUAGUAACUCCAUGUUUCUAAACAUGGCAGGUCGCAGUGGAUUUGAUGAUGGAAAUCCGAGGGACUUCGGCGGCGGCAGGAGGACGCUGGGUGGUCGUCCGCUGCCUACCGAGCCCCCUUACAAGGCGUACGUCGGAAAUCUACCCUCAGGCAUCAUACAAGGCGAUAUUAACAGAAUUUUUCCUGACCUAGCUAUUAAAAAUGUGAGGCUAGUGAUGGACAGAGACACUGACAAAUUCAAAGGAUUCUGCUAUGUAGAGUUUGAGUAUCUGGAGGAUUUGAUCAAGGCGAUUGAAAUGAACGGCGCUCUCAACGUAGAUGGUAAUUUUGUCAAAAUUGAUGUGGCUGAAGAAAAAAGAAGCGACAGAGGGGGCGGUUUUGACCGCGGGCGGCGGGAUGGUGGUGGCGGCGGCGGGGGCGGUGGUGGCGGGCGCGACGCAGGCCGCGACGGCCGCGGGGGCGGUGGCGGCGGCGGUUUCCGAAGAGACGGCGGUCGCGAGCGCGAGCGAGGUGGCGGCGGCGGCGGUGGCGGCGGGCCGGCUGGCGGCGCGGGCGGCGAGCGGUGGGGCGAGCGCGAGGGCGGGCGCGGGUCGCGCGGCGCCAGCGAGGAGCCGCGCGGCGCCGGCGAGUGGAGCCGCAUGGGCGGCGCGCGCGGGCCCGCCGCCGGCUCCGCGCGCCCGCGGCGCAACUUCGACGACAUGCCGCCCGCGCGGCCCUCCGACCAUCACCCGCCCGGCGGGGCUGGACCCGGUAACGCGCCGCGCCCAGACACGACGGGCAGGCCCAAACUGAAACUAGAGCCGCGGACAGUGAAAGAGCCGGUGAACUCGCUCGCGGCGACCAGCCAGGCAUCCUCGAUAUUCGGCGGCGCGCGGCCGCGGGAAGAACGGCUCAAAGAGCUGGCGGGCGAGUAGACGCCGCCGCCCCGCGCCGGCCCCGCGCCGGACCACUCCGCUCCGAGUGUACAUGUAUCGUCCCGACGCCCAACCCUCUGUGUGCCCCGAUAUUUAAAGUGCAGAUAAAUUGUAUAUGAACUCGAAGAUUUUGUUAGGUUAUGAGGUUGUAAAUCAUUUUUAUCAUAUAUUUUGUUAGCUUUAUUAUGUGUAUCUAUGAGCUUAUUAUUGUUUUUAGCGCUGGUUGUGCCUCAUUUUUGAGCGGACAGGAUCGGUGUAUAGCUUGGUUAAUUCGCAGUAUUUAAAUUGCUAGUGUAUUAUGUUUCUCACAUCAUAAAUUGUCUGGGCUUGUGUGUACGAUCAACUUUGUGCAUAAUAUUUAAUAAGUUCUCAAAUUCAACUUGGAGGAAAAUACAUUUUUUGGUUCAUUUUGUUAUUACAGUUUUUGUAAUAAUAACAUAAUAUUAUUUUUAUUUUACUAUAUAAUGUGGCGAUUAGAGCUUCGUAACUGAUUCUCUGUUGUAAUUGUUUAUCAUUUUAUUGAUUGUUUAGUUUGUUAGGUCGUGAAAAUUAAUCAUUGAAUGAGUAAUUAUGAAACAUAAUUUAAGAGUUGAUAAUAUGGUGAUGUAAUUACGGUGUCAUUAAUAAAUUAACUUCCACGUACUUGGAUUUCUACUUUAUUAGAUAAUGUCUAUUGUCAUAAGAUAUGCGGCAAAGAAAUUCAAAUAAAAAAAUCGCAAAAUUGUAACUGAACAUAGAAAAUGAAUAAAAAGUGAAUUCUUUGUAA